AUGGCUGUCUCUACUCCUGGCGAAUGGGAAACGGCAGUGGUUGAAAGGCAGCUAGAAGACCUGUCCCUCGGCGAUGGGAUCAAGUUCAAAUCAGCGUCCAAAAUUGAACAGGACCAAUAUCUCUUCCUUCGGGUUCUAUGGCCAAAUCGCAGGCCCAUAGAGCACUUCAAUCCAACAGCUUUAGGCCUCCCCACGACAGCCACCGCAGACUUGGCGAAGAAUAAAGACUGGGUAUCUCUCAUCGAUCAUGCUGCAAAAGGUUUCUACGAAAUCAUUGGCGAACGAUACCAAGAAAAUAUUGUCGCCGGUGGCAAAUCGAACGAGGGCGGCGACGAAACGGAAGAUGGAAAGGAUGAGACAACCGGAUUUCAACCCCCCCCCGCCACGUCAGAAAGCCCGGAAGAAGAAGAAAUCCGUCUCGCGAAUUUGAUCCAACAUGGAGCGGAUAGCGACAAUGAAGAGAGCUGGGAGGCCACUCCUGCACCCCAGGGGCCGUGGGGUUCUCCCCUCGUCCGCGAACCUGACGAGUCAGGGAGCUAUGAAGAAUACGAAAAGAUUGAUGACGAGAAUAUCGUGAAUAUCGCGCUUAUUUUGCUGCUCCAGGCAGUAUGUCUACGUGCUCCAGAUAUGGGUGCGACUACCUGGACUCCGCAACGUAAAGCGUUUGACUUUAAGGUACCAGGGAACGGAAAAGCCAAAGCAACCGAUCUUUUCAGCGCCUGUGUGGACGGGCAUCUUUCUUUGGGAACAUCAGACGACGCUCCUUCCCUUGCCAUUAUAGAGGUCCAGGCUCGUGACAGAAAAACUGCCGACCCUCGAAUGCAGGAAAGCGCCCAGAUGGCUGCGUGGAUAAACUCUCAACCGGACAAUAAAACAAAAUCGGGCAAAUACCAGCGACUUAUGAUCAGCCAAGAUAACAGGGACUGCUUUCUGAUAAUUGCCGAAUAUGAUCAGGACUAUGUUGACUACAUCCUGCAGAAUGAGGUCGGAAAGAAGAAAAUCAAAAAACCGUUUAUGUCAAUGCAAGAAUAUGGCCCCUUUCAACCCGGAGCACCAGGUCACAUCAAACAUCUGUGCUAUGCUAUUCUCGCUUUCACUCAGCAACUAAAUAAAUACGCUGAGAAAGGCCAUCCUUGCCGCUGGACGCUAUCAUGA